AUGUCCUCCGACGACGGCCGCGUCGAGAAGCGCGGAGGCGGCCCCGGCAACGACGACCACAACGAGGGCCACGCCGAGGCCCUGCACCGCUUCCGCUCCGCCGCCAGCAUCGCCAUGAGCCCCGAGCUCUUCGAGAAGCUCUACCUCUCCCCCGAGAACAGGGUCCACGGCGACCUGCGCCGCACCUUUGGCAACCCCACGCCCAUUGGCCUCGCCGGCUUCCUCCUCUGCCUCACGCCCCUAUCCAUGGACCUCAUGGGCUGGCGCGGCGCCGGCGGCAACGGCGCCGCGAGCAUAGGCGUCUACUUCUUCCAGGGCGGCAUCCUCAUGACCCUCUGCGGCCUCCUCGAGUGGAUCCUCGGCACCACCUUCUCCGCCGUCGUCUUCUCCGUCUUCGGCACCUUCUGGCUCGCCUGGGCCGCCACCCUCUCGCCCUCCUUCGCCGCCUUCUCCUCGUACGCGGGGCCCGGCGCCGAGUCGCCCGCCGAGGGGCUCGCCACGCGGGGCUUCAACGCGAGUCUCGCGUAUUGGUUCCUCUUCAUGGGCGUCAUCUGCCUCGUCUUCCUCAUCUGCUCCCUCCGGACCAACAUCUGCUUCGUCAUCAUAUUCCUCAGCCUCGUCGUCGGCUUCGGCCUCCUCACGGGCGCGUUCCUCGCCAACGCCGACAACUUCGCCGGCAACGCCUCCCUCGCCAAGAAGCUCGUCGUGGGCGCCGGCGCUUCCACCUUUGUCACCUGCUGGGCGGGCUGGUACAUCUUCCUCGCCAUGCUGCUCGCCGCCGUCGACUUCCCCAUCCAGAUCCCUGUCGGCGACCUGAGCACCGUCAUCAGGGGCAAGUCGGAGAAGGAGAAGCGGGCGUAG